CAUUCCCCAAAUUAGGGUUCAAAUAUAUCUGAUCUCCAAGGUUGAGGUGUCUCACCUUUUCCGCUGUUGUUGCUCCUUGUUCGCGCGGCGUCCACAGAAAGCUCAAAGAUGGCGGAACAGACCGAGAGGGCUUUCCUCAAACAGCCCAAGGUUUUCCUUAGCUCCAAGAAGACUGGCAAGGGAAAGAGGCCUGGAAAGGGAGGCAAUCGAUUCUGGAAGAGCGUUGGUCUCGGCUUUAAGACUCCCAGAGAUGCUAUUGAAGGAACAUACAUUGAUAAGAAGUGCCCUUUCACUGGCAAUGUCUCCAUCAGGGGUCGCAUUCUGGCUGGUACCUGCCAUAGUGCAAAGAUGUCGAGGACUAUCAUUGUUCGGCGCAAUUACCUCCACUACAUAAAGAAAUACCAAAGAUAUGAGAAGAGGCACUCCAACAUUCCAGCCCACGUUUCACCAUGCUUCCGUGUGAAGGAGGGAGAUCAUGUCAUCAUUGGGCAGUGCAGGCCAUUGUCAAAGACAGUAAGGUUUAAUGUAUUGAAGGUCAUUCCUGCCGGGGCUUCUGCCGGUGGGAAGAAGGCAUUCACGGGAGCAUAAGAUACCAUUUCGGGCAGUCUCUUAGUGUUCUUUAUGCAACUACAUUAGAUUGCGUUUCUUUUGAAACAUCUGUUUUGCCAUUUUUAGUUUGCACCUUUGUGUACUCCGGAUGUUAAGGUUUUCUUCAGAACCAUAAUUUUGAAUCUUACUAUCGAAAUACUGUGUUUUCUGCUAAAAUAAUUGGUGUCUUGUUCUUUGCAUUGCCUAAUUACUUUGUAUAGUUUUCUGCCCCUUUGUUUAGGGAAGGGAAGAAGGCUUUGCCAAAGCA